AUGGACCUCCUCCGCGCCCUCUUCGGCAGUCGCUGUAGUCUGUCUGAGCCGCUGACACUCUCGCCCGGCGACGAUCCCCCUCCGCCGCUCCCUCCGCUGCUCACUCUCCCGGCCGACGCGCUCGUGCACCUGUGCACCAGCCUUUCCGUCGAGGACCUCUCCCGUCUCUCGCUCGUCAUUGGUGGCCUUCCGGACGAGGUGUGGCGUCACUCGCUCAGAAGCUGGAUCGCUCGCGUCGACAGGUUCGGCUGUGACAGCGGCGACGACCUCGAAGCGUGGCUUGAGGAGGCCGCUGCGGCCCUCGUCGUCUCGGGCGGUGCGGGCGACCGGCCGCUCCGCGCACUCGUCAACCGCCUCCGACCGCUGCUUUGCGCCGUGUGCGACGAGGGCGAGGCGAGCCAGGUCUUUUUUGCCGCGUCGCGCCAAGGCGCCUGCGAGCGGUGCGCGAGCGAGCGGCCUCUCGAGCUCGAGCGCUGGCGGCGAGCUCAGUGCGUGCGCGAGGCGCGGGCGCUCGCUCUCCAGGACGAGGCGUCGCGCGCCGAGCUCGAGGCGGCGCUGCGCGACGUGCUGCCGCUCCCCGCCGGCGGAUCGCGGCUGCUCUUCUCCUCGGACCGGCACGGCGGGUCGGCGACGGCGCUGCUGCGCGCGGCGAGAGACGAGCCGUGCAGCGUCGUGCUCGUGACCGAGCGGCCUCGCGCCUCCUCCGCCGCCGCCGCGGAGCGGAGAGCAUUUGGCGCCUUCGUCGCGACCGCCUGGCCGCGCGCCGCUGGCGAGGGGCGGCGCUGGUUUGGCGAUGCACGCUGCUGCCUCUUUGGCAUUGCGCCUCGCGUCGUCGUUCACGCGGCGACGAGGGCGGACGAGCACUACUGCCUGGUGAGCCGGCAGGGCAUCGGCUUCGGUGGCGACGUCGACGGCGGCCACGCGCUGAGCCUAUCGCCCGACCUCUCCGUCGGCCGGUGCCUUCCCUCGCGCACGUACGGAGACACGUCGCGGCUCGCGAGCGGCGUCGACUUUGUGGCGGAGCGCGUGCAGCUGUGGGGCGUCGCAGAGGAGCCGGCGGCCAAGGCGCGCGCAUCGCGGCGGGCGGCGUGGGAGGCGGGCGGCGACGGCGUGCUCGAGGGGGCAGCGUUGAAACCGGGCGCAGACAAGCUGAUGCUCGAGUUUGUCGGCAUCGAGCGAGACGUGCAGACGGCGCUCUCCCGCGUCGUCAAGGGGGUGGGUGGGCUCUCUCACGCGUCGUGGCGCUCCUUCGUCAACGACCGGAAGACCGCCGACGCGCACGGCUUCAUCGACGGCGACCUGAUCGAGGCCUUCCUCGACUUGCCGCCGCGCAAGAAGGAGGAGGUCGUCGCUGGGCUCGACAUGACCGCCGAACAGCUCUCGCGUAGCAGCUGGCGCGCCUCCACUGACAUGUCCACUUUGAGCUGCUUCGGAGGGAUCGCGCUUCGUGGAUCGGGGACAGGCUUGUACGCAAAUUAUCAGGGCCGCUCCGGCGAUAAAUGUUUUCAACCCUACAAAGGUUCCCCCGGCCCCGCCCACGGCCACGGCUAA